AUGCGGCCCAGCCGCCUUUGGCUGUUACAAUGGGGACAUGCUGCCGUCGCGGGCACCGUCAUACCACCAAAACGAAAACGGCAGUUUGUCAUGAAGGAGGGGCAAAACUCUCACCACGGCAGCGAUGUCAACAGGCACUCCCAAAAACACGUCUCCUCCGCGUCGUUUCGUCCUCCAAUUAACCUUACACACGAGUUAUCGCAGCGCGAGCAGUACCGCCUGCAUCAAGAACAAGAGGGGGCAGAAAUGUGUCGCCGCAGCGUACCGGGGGAGUGGCUUUCACCAAUCCCAAAGCGUUACCGAUUGUAUGACGGCAUCGACGAACACGGCUACGAGGCGGCACGGGUGUCUAAAGAGGACCGGCGAAAAAUGCUUCAGGCAGCACUGGAACGAAACGCUGCGUCCGUGGUGGAAUAUACAGAAGGUGGUGAAGAAAACAUCGACUUGGGAGGGAUGUCUGCAGGCGAGUACCAUGGACAAACGGAUUCGAUGACGAUUCCAAGAGAUUCUGCCCUGUACAACGCUGUGUUGGCCCGGGAAGAGCUUGACUCACGGAAGCGAAACAACACGUGGACGAUGGCGCGAAAGCGACAACAAAGCGGGGGGAUAGAUAUCAUGGGGAAGGGAGAGGACAAAUUGAUGAGUGGGGGUGAUGGAACUCAAGUGAUUGACGACAAACGAAGGCGGCGUAGGCAGGACGAAGGCUCUUAUACCAGUGUAUUCGAUGAAAAUCUGCUAGAACCCAACUAUGAGAGCAUUGGUCAGCCCCGCUCGACCUACGGGAUGCGAAAAAUGCUUGUCGCCGGCCUUACCAGCUAUCAAGCUGUCAUAACACGGGAAGAGGAGGCAAUUAUUUCGGAUGAGUUAUUGCAGUUGCUUCAGGAUACUCGUGCUGCAUACAUUGCGGAGGAAACGCGUUAUUGUGUCAACCUCUACGAGAAGGAACUGGGGAUACCAGGGAAGGACACACUGGCCUUUGCAAUGAGUCGUGCCCCCACAUUGCAGCGUGUGCUAGGACGCUUUUUUCACCUUGGUCUUAUCCCAAGUUUACCCAACAUUUGCCAAGUUAGUGAGAUGAUUGGGAACUUUUCUGGGUAUCCAAUUCACAAAAAACCAGCGACGAUCGGCCCUUAUGUUGGCAUAUUAAAUCUCGUUUCCACAACGCUCAUGUAUCUUCAGCACUUGGACAACCCAUGGUUCCCUCGACUGCACAUGAGCCCACGAAGCCUCUCUGUGAUUGAGCAGCCCUGCCUGGGUGAUUACAAGAUGGGAUACAAGUGGACUCACCAGCCUUUCCACACCUUUGAGUACGGUACACGCAUCUCAAAGGAUUACCGUAUCGAAGUGAUGUUCGCUACCGUGGAGGUCGCGCAGAUGCGGUACCUUGAUGAUGCCGUUCGACUGACGGAGUACGCGGUGAAGAAGCAACAGGAGGAAGGCGCUGCAGACAAACGAAGGCUGUUACCACCAUUACCAUCACCUGACACGCUGAGUGAGGGAGCAAACGAGUUCCGCGGGUCCACGGUCAAGUGGCUUGAUCGACUUAAUCGUCAGAUGCACGCCUCGGAGAGGGGUGCGAGGUCGGGUGAGGCGGGUACCGCGAUCGAUGGAAAUGCCCUUCGGGAGCAGUUGCUGGCAUCGGGCUGCAUCGGCGCGAAGUCACGAACACUUGAGACGUCCGUACAAGCCGCAGUCAGCACGGACGAUGCGAAUGAAAAGGGAAAGGAAAAAUUCAGCCCUACGCAACGUCGCAUGGCAGCGUUGAAGGCGCGUUACGAGUUUGCCAAACGACUAAAGGAGUCCAAGCCACAGGUGGGUUUGGGAGGUGGCGUACAUGUGAUUGAAGGACAUUCGCCACGGAAACGUGAUUCCUCUUAA